AGUGUGACUGUGUCAUUACGUGGCCGGGGAGAAGAAGAAGAAGGAGAAGGAGAAGAAGAAGAAAAAACAAAAGUUGGCUCUGAUUUGCUGGAGUCGCGCAGGAGCGGAGGUGCAGCGGACGAUCCUCACAUCCAGUUUGGGUUCGAGGCGGAGGAGGACGAGCGCCACGCACCGUGCACGUCCACUUCGACGAAUAACACGCGCUUAUUAUCUCCUGCGUUCAGUCGCAUUCUUUUCCCCCGCUUUUUUUUUUUUUUGAGUUUCUCAGCGGACACGACAAUCUUUGGAUCGCAGCACUAAACAAACACUUAUUCAUGGAUGUCCUUGGAUAAUCCCUUUUGGUUUUACGCGGAUAGCUGCUGCUCCCGAGUGUCGCGCGGUGCACGUCGGUGCAGGAAUGGCGCGAUAAAGUGAUCAGAGGGAAUCAGUCCAAGUACAGUCACUACAGUGUGUGUGUGUGUGUGUGUGUGUGUGUGGAGCCGUCUCGUCAUGUACUCUCCGAUCUGUCUCACUCAGGAUGAAUUUCAUCCCUUCAUCGAGGCACUUCUCCCUCACGUCCGCGCCAUCGCCUACACGUGGUUCAACCUCCAGGCCAGAAAACGCAAGUACUUCAAGAAGCACGAGAAGCGAAUGUCCAAGGACGAGGAGCGCGCGGUGAAGGACGAGCUCCUCGGCGAGAAGCCCGAGGUGAAGCAGAAGUGGGCGUCCAGGCUGCUGGCCAAGCUGCGUAAGGACAUUCGGCAGGAGUACCGGGAGGACUUUGUCCUCAGCGUGACGGGCAAGAAGCACGCGUGCUGCGUGCUGUCCAACCCGGACCAGAAGGGCAAGAUCCGCCGGAUUGACUGUUUGCGGCAGGCCGACAAAGUUUGGCGCCUGGACCUGGUGAUGGUCAUCCUCUUCAAAGGCAUCCCUCUGGAAAGUACAGAUGGCGAGCGCCUCGUCAAGGCUCCGCAUUGCACCAACCCAGCACUUUGUGUCCAGCCACACCACAUAACAGUAUCGGUCAAGGAGCUGGACCUGUUUCUAGCGUACUAUGUCCAGGACCAAGACUCGCAGCAGUCAGGAAGUCCCAGUAACAAUGAGCAAGGCAAGAACCCUCUUCCAGUCUACUUGGAAGACAGCUUCAUCAAGUCAGGAGUCUUCAGUGUUACAGAACUGGUGCGAGUGUCCAGAAUGCCCAUCACCCACGGUGCGGCGGUGAACUUCUCCAUGGCUGACAUGCCCAGCCAACCCUACUACCACGACCUGAACUCCAGCGUGGGGCUGCACCGCUCCCUGUCCUCCCCUCCCGGCAGCAAAAGGCCGAAAACCGUCAACAUGGAGGAGAACAUGGACACGAGCCCGACAGGACCGGACUUCUACUCGUCGCCCAGCUCACCGGCGAGCAGUCGGGCGAACUGGCACGACAGAGACGGAGCAGACAUGUCCUCUCCCACCAUGAAGAAGCCAGAGAAGCCGCUGUUCAGCCCGACCUCUCCGCAGGACUCCUCACCACGACUCAGCACUUUCCCGCAGUCUCAUCACCCCGGACUCACAGGUGUAGGACACAGUGUUAUAUCGACGAGGAGCCCCCCGCCGCACUCGCACCUGCAGUUCUCGGCCUCGGCCAUCUUGCCCCCGGCGCCGUCGCCCUACUUAUCGCACACCACCAUCCGCUACCCGCCCCACCUCAACCCUGCUGAUCCCCUCAAGAGCUACGUGCCGUCAUAUGACCCGUCCAGCCCACAGAGCAGCCAGCCUAACAGCAGUGGUCAGGUGGUAGGAAAGGUUUCAGGCCACUUCACCCCAGUCCUGGCUCCCUCCCCACAUCACAGCGCUGUGCGACCUGUCUCGCUCUCCAUGCCCGACACCAAGCCCAUCACCACAUCCACAGAAGGCUACUCAUCCCCUGGCACCCCGACGGCUAAUCGUUUUGUAGGCCUAAGCCCGAGAGAUCCCACCUUCCUUCACCAGCAACAGCUGAGGAAGUGUGACUGGAGCGUGACUCAAAACGGCAGGCAUUAUGGCCCCAGUGCCACUGACGACACUUUGGGGAUUGCUUGGCAAAGUCCUGGUACCUGGGCGAGCUUAGUUCCAUUCCAAGUGUCGAACGGGACUCCGAUCCUGCCAACAAAUGUCCACCAGAACUACAGCAUAAACAUCAUUGGUGAGCCCCUGGUCCCCGCUGAGACAGGGAACUGAACGCGCGGAGGCCGGACGACACCCCCCCCCCACCGAGGCUGAAUGGGUGGGUGGAGGCGUUGGUGGUGCAGAGCUAGUACUACAGGUGUCCGCAGCCAUGUAUGAAACCAGCAAAGCAGCCACUAGCUGCAGAAUCCUCACCCACCCCACCCCCUCGCCCCAUCUCCGAUCUCACCCCUUCCGUGUCGCCCCCCCCCCCUUCCCCCGUGAUGGACCCUGUCCGUGAAGUGAAGACGAGGGUUGGUUCGGAGGAAAGAAAAAAAGAGAGGAAGCAGCCAACCCAGACCAUCCCACACAUCCACCAGCCACCAGUCAGUUGUUGUGUUUGCAGAACUUCCCAGUUCAUUCAAAUACUGUGAUGUAUAGAUGCCUUAAUGUUUCAUUGCAUGACACUCUAGUCUCUUAGCCGCAGUUCCUACUACUUUUUUCAUGUCGGGGGAAAACGUAAAAUCUUGACACACACACACACACACACACACACACACACACACAGUGAAGAGGUCUGUGCAAAGACAACCUCUGCCUGGUGGACGGCUCCGAGACUCUCUUGAAAAGAGGCUUUCCCAUGUCAAACGAUUCACUGUGUACACCAUAGGAACAAAAGAAAAAUUGUGAAUUCAGAGUGUUUCUUCCUCCGUUUGAGUUUCAGUUUACUGUGAUAUGACUCUUUGUUCAGAAGACGUGUCGAUUUUGUUUUAUUCUUUAUUGCUACUUACUUCGAGAAUUAACGUAAACACUUACAGUGAGAGUUGAGAACUCUUCAUGCGGUUUUUAAAAAAACACUAAACGUUCGGCUUGAGAUUGGACCCCUCAUUAAAGAAUUUGCGACUCCUUUUCAAAAGGACUUAAAAAAAAAAAAAGAAGACGGAGAAUAAGAAAAUCUCGAUAGAGGCAAGUGCAAUUUAAUUUUUGAAGGGAAGCUAUCAGUCUGUCAGCCCCUAGGACUCUAAAGGAAGGGGAUAAAUAUUAAGUGGUGUCAUGGGUAAAAUGUUUUAGAAAACAUUUGAAUUUGAUUUCAGUCACUCAACCGUCUCCUCACAUGAAAAAAAAAUCGAGCAUGAAAGACAUUUGAAGGCAAGCACCAAGCUACCUGUGCAGCGCUGAGCGAAACCAGCACUUCUUUUGAGCCCUUCCCGUCAUUAUGGGGAGUUUUUUUAUUUAAUUUAUUUUGGGGGGGGUAAAAAAAAAAAAAUUUGAACAUAAGCAAUGAGACACACGUAGUGUGUGAAAAUGGCAUUUCAUUAAAAGAAAACAAAUGUUCAUGAUAAGAUCAAGAGCAUAUGCAUUUGGCCAUCAGCUUCUAAAGCUUAUGUUUACAGAGAAAAUGGAAUGAAAAGUGUAAAGCUACAGUUUGUGCAAGGUUCGAACUCUGCAGUGGAAGAGGUUGAAAAAAAAAAUGGGAAUUUACUGAAUUCCGAUCCCUGAAAUCUAGAAUUGUGCAUGGCAUGUCCGCGGCCAUUGCCUCCCCAGUCCAGACGUAUUUAUACAAGGAAAAUUUCUCAAAUACUCUUAAUUUGCACGAUGACAUAUAGUCCACAUUACGUGCCUUGCCUUUGAAUAUAGAGACAUCACUACACUUGUUUUUUGCUGCAUUUAUCAUUAUAGAAGAAAAAAAAUUAACAUUUUUAUGAUAAGAAUUGUUUUGUACUCUGAAUGAAAAUUGUUGAUUUUUAACUUCAUGUACUACUCAAUCUCACAGUUACAUUGCAUAUCAAGGCUGUGUAUAGUUGCCGUUUUAAAGUUUGUAAUCAACCAGCAUUCUUUUUCUUUUUGUUUUUCUUCUUCUUCAGCGUUUUGGUUGUUUUUCAAAAAUAACCUGUCAUCUUCUGUUUUCCUUAUUAUAAUUUUUUUUUUUCAACGCUCAUUUUGUUCAUCUUCCAGUUACUAUUGCGGAGGGUGGAAUUCAGAAUUAUGAAAAUUAUGCAAUACCAAGUUUUGCCUAUGUAGGUAGUGCUUAUAGAUGCGUCAAUUAUUAGAGGCUAGUUUGGAGAUAGACAAUAUUGUAAUGCAUUUAUUUUGUUGAUAUCGUUGUUUGUCGUUGUUGUUGUUGAUGAUGUUGUUGUUGUUGUUGUGGGUGUUUUCCUUUUUUUUUAUUGACCAAAGUGGGGACUGCUUUCUUUGCAGUGUAUGACAAGGUCUAUUUUUUCCCCCCCUUUCUUUAGCCCACAGGCCUACCGAGCGACAGUGACACGUGUUCCAGUGUAUUUUGAAUUCUGGAGUUUGAGGUGGAGGGGCGGUAUUUUUCUAGAAGUAAUUAUGACAAAAUAAUAAUGCACCCUUGGUCUUUCUACGGCUGCAAAGUCACUGAUUGGUCUACUGUGACUCUUACUUUCAACUUUCCACUUGGGGUGCUGGCAUGUGACCUCGAAGGAGCUCAUUUUUUUCCCGCGGGAGGGACGGCUUGACUUGAGUGUGACAAUCAUUUGAAAGAAAUCAUUUUGCGAAGAAUCCCCGAGCCCCCGUCGUACAGUAGAGCGCCCCUCGAACCAUGCAGCAGCUUAGGACGGAUCAAACACUACGCCAUACUAUUCUAGACGUGACAGGAUGCAAUUCCCAAGUAGAUGCCUUAAACACAUCAGUGAAGUGGCCUGUGACCUGCGCAACAAUCACACACCGACUAAUGCUCUCGAGACCUGUCCAAAUCAGCUCCAGACAGGCUCAAGCAAGCCUUUAGAAAGUAUUUUAUAACUAGAAGAUUUGUAUAAAUGUAUAUAUGAUAUGCACAUAUGUCAAUUCCCGUGAUACUUCCCCCCCAGCAGAGAACCCCGUAGAGUACGCUGAAGUCAAUAUUAGACCUUAGAAGCAUGGUGUUUUCCUACUUCGUGUCCAGUGGUGCAGCAGAGGCUUGAAUAGAAGGAGAACGCACUUAAAUAGCACAUAGGCAAUCGCGUCUCCUUCCCCACGCAAUGUUCUGACCGGCGUCUCAAACGAAAUCUCUCAGGCGUAUUACAGGGCCUUAUCUAUAUCAAUCAGUAUCUUAUCAUUUUUAAUGUGAAACAUAGAGAUUUCUCUCGUGGAGAGAGAGCGGCCCCUCCGGCACCUUUUUGCACCCUUUCCCCCGCAAUCGUGGAAGACCUGUUUCCCACGGAGGGGCGAGUGCUAACGAGAGCUCUCUCCGGCCGCAAGCAGAAAAAAAACCACCUUCCUCAAGUCAAGCUCAACCUCUCCAGCUUCACCCAGAUUUCUUACCCAGGAAAAAAAAAAAAUUGGAAAAAAAAAAGUCACCCCGUUCUCUGUGCACUGUUCUGUCUUUACGUUGUUGUUGUUUGAUUCUUUCUUUUUUCUUUUAAAGAAAAACUAUAAGUGCUUUGCAGCCUUUGGCCAUAGGAAACCCCCACUGAAGUGCAUUGUCCCCAAGUGUGUGUGUGUGUGUGUGUGUGUGUGUGUGUGUGUCACACGCGUGAGUGAGAGAGAGAUUAAAAAAGGUGUCAGGUCACUGUGGAGACUGUACAUAAAGGUAAAAAUCAUGAUUGCGUCAAUAGCAGUGGUCUGUGGGGUUGAACUCUGCUUUGACAGCUUGAGUGUUCGCGUGCAUGCUGGCUGGUGUGUGUGUGUGUGUGUGUGUGUGCGUGUGUGCGUGUGUGUGUGCGUGUGUGAUCGAGUGCCUCUGACACUACACAAUGAGAGAAGAUGAGGGUCUUUCUAUCGCAGAAGAAGAAAAGGAAAAAAAAGCCUGCCGUUGGACAGGAGUUUGUACACUGUAAACUUUGUCGAGAGUUCUUCUCUGAAGCCCUAACUUGUAAAUCUUCAAUUCUGGGGAAAAUGAGUCAGUUCCAUUUUAGGAAAAGCAAAUUGAAUUUGGGUUUUGUUUAUGUGUUUGUUGCGGAAGCUGGAUUUGAGUUAGAACUCUCCAGGUUUCCCCGAUCAGUAGAAUCAAAAGUGUUUUCAUGAGUUGUUGUAUCUAACGUUUAAAAUAGGGGGGGGGGGGGUUCUGUAUAGAUCCAUGAACAUAAAAACAACAACAAUGAAGGCUUUUUUAUUGUUAAUAUUAUUUCUAAACUUGCUUAGUGCUUAGAUAUUUCCGUUUGGGAAACACUUCAUGAGUAUUUUAAUUGUUGUUCUUUCAUUAGUGUGGCCAUAGCGAGUGUGAUGUGAUUUAUCUCAUUCUUUUUUUCAAUUUGUAUUUUAUUUGGAAAUGGGUGUGAAUUUCUUGUCCAACAAGAUGGUGGUGUGAGCGUGUUUCUUGUAGCAGCUGGGAGGUGAUGUCACUUAACCAGUACGGGAAGAAAAAAAAAAAAAGCCCCAGAUUGGGCCUGACCUUAAACGAGAAGCAGGGUAAAACCUGCAACGGCAAACGUCCUCACCCGCUAGUUUCUCUUUCUUUCUUUCGUUUCACGUUACAGAGGAAAUGUUGCAAGACGACCGGUGCUAGAUCCUGAAAGAUCGCUGAAGGCAUCGAGGCAUCACUCAUUUUGCACUUUCCACAUGCUGUCUACGCCUGAUGUAAUAUAGGAAUCCCCUUAGUGUACACUAAAAGCAAACAUUAAUCCGCAGGUGCUUCAGAAUAGUGUACUGUACCUUCCAGCUGAUUAUAGACUGUAGUGUAUUUGGGCAUGGUGACGUGUUUCUGUUGCUACGCGCGGGGUGUGAAUGUAACCUGUUGAAAAACCUUAUGAAAUUUGAAUCAUGGUUCCACCCAUCAGCAGCUUCGAGGCAGAUUUCUGACGCCCACAUUAGCCAUUAGAAAGUAUUAUGUCAUUGAUCACCGCGAUCACUGAGAAACAGGACAACUUUAUGCAAAAGGAGGACCUGUUGGCACUCAUGCAAUAUGUGUGAUUUUCAUGUCUUUAAGCUGACUGAUGCAGACCUGACGGACACAUUAAAACUCAACUUUCACCCUACAUGAGCAAUACACAUCCUUCCAUACUUUGGCUAUAUAGCUGCUAGUCACUUGGCAUCAGGUUGUUAUGAAACAUUGAAAACCAGCAUUUUUACAGGAUGUAACAUUCACCAAAAGAGAGACAAAAAGAUAGCAAUGCAGUGCCUGUUCACGCUGUCCGAGUGUCUGUUGUAUAUAAUUGUAAAAUGUGAUAGACUUACUUUCAUAUGUGACAAAAAAAGAAAAGAAAACAGCAUCACACAGAACAACAGAAUGUGGCAAACCCAUCUGGAAAUAUGCUCGUUAUUACUUCUUUGGUGUUUUUGGAGUUUUUACCUUUUUUUUUGUGAUUGAUUCAUUUUCUGAUUAUGUCAGUACACAAUACAUCACGCUUGUUUAAAACAUCUGAGAGGAAAGAUUUGAGGGUCAUUCUUUGUUUUCUUUUCUGUUUUUCCUGGGGGGGGGGGGGGGGCUACAUUAAGCGCAGUGAAAUGAUAAAAUAAUGUCUUUUCUUAAAAUAAGUCACCAGAUUUCUUUUCUCUCUCUUUUUUUCUGGGGGUCUUGUGGCACUUUUACUUCCCUCUGCGCACACACGAAUCAUGUUGGGAUGAAUAUAUAAAACCAACAACAACAACAACACCAACAAACAAUAUGUAAACAGUCUCCAGUAGUGAUUGUAGAUACACUGCAAGUGUGUGCAAAGGUCUAUGUAUGUAUCUGAAUGUACGUUUUAGAGGACUUUUGGAAAACCUUUUCUGUUUUUUGUUUUUUUUAAUCUUUUCAUUUACAGUUUAGGAGUCACAGGUGUCCAUUGUGAACUGUAUAGCGAAGGCCUUGAUAUCCCUUCUUUUGUUGAUUUUAGAAACGCCGAGCAUUAGGCGAUGCCUUCAAGCUGGUUACAUUUGGUGCAGGGGCUAAAAUUGCCACAAGAUUAAAAUCAGUGUAAAUAAAGGCUCAACUUUUUUUGUGAUUGUUACUGUUAUAUCCAGCCUAUACUGCUAGCAGCUGUUUUUACUGCAGUCAAUUACUGGAAGUGGAUAUAUUUCCUAUGCAAAACUGUUUAAACAAUAAAAUGAGCUAUGCUACAAAAAAUAA